AUGCCCGAGUACACAAAGGCCUGUUCUGUCAGCGUGGAGCUGAUGAAGGAACUCAGCCCCGAUGGCUUUGAGCUCUUGAAGAGAUUCACAGAUGCGGUGGAAAACAAAUUGUGGGAUCAGCUCGAUGUCUUCCAGCAGUCCAUCAGCCAGCUGAGGAAUCUCAACAAGAAAUACAUGUCAGUCAAGAGCUGCGCAGUGGACUGGAAGAUGGAGCACGUCCUGUGGAUGUUCCAGGGUGAUGAGACCGUGGAUUCUGACAUGACCAUGAUGUUGGAGUUGCGGACAGAGAUCAGCGACUCCAUCAAGUGCGCGGACAAGAUUUUGGCUGUUGGCCGAGGCCCUUCGUCUUUCGAGAAGUUUGCAGAGGAGCUCAAGAAGACCACGGUUGACGCGCAGGCCAAAUGCCUUUGA